AGAGCUUCCGGAAGUCUUGAAUGAAACGACGCAGGCUACAAUCACUACGGCUAGCCAAGUGGAGUCAGUGCCUACCUCUGGGCCUCAGAUGAUCGAGACGGUUCGAGUUCUUUACAAGUCCGGAACAACGUUCCAUGAAGGUAUGUCGCACGCACCGACAACGGAUUGAAUUGUCGAGGUUCUAAACACUAAACCAAUGACUUCCUCAGUCUCCGUGCAAGCGCAUGUCACCGUGAAGGAAUUGAAAAAAAAUAUCAAGAAUCAGCUCCCGACGUUGAAGCACCAGACGCUUAUUCGCCUGGUGCACAAUCGCAAGGAAUUGCACGACCAUGAACCGUUGACUUUGCAUGCUCUGCCCCACCUCGCUCGCAUUGCACCGUUGCCCGAUCCGACUCCGUUCCUAUCUUUCUUGCCCAAAAGCCUUCUCGAUCCAGCCUGGGACCGACACUGGGACGAAAGCCAUCCUUUGGAACUCACCGGCACUGAUUGCACACGAGGAGGGCGAUCUUACGCCCGUCCGGUGGGCUGGAUGAGAUUUGGGCUGAAAGUGAAAGGAAAGUACGAGGACGAUGAUUGGCUCGGAACGCCUGGUCCGCGCAAUCACUCGCACCCCAACGAGUGGUUCGUCACUUUCCACGGGACAGCGUUCCGGAAUGCUGCCUCCAUCGCCAAGAACGGGUAUAACACUCCUCAAGUUUGGAGCACCACCGACAUCAACGUGACCCUUGGCUACAGCCAGAAAGGGUUCUUUCAGGUGAAUGGGAAACAGUAUCGCGUGGUCAUGCAGAACCGAGUCAGACCCGGCGCAACGGCACACUUUGGGUACCACUACGAUUGCAAUCAGACUCAGUUUCCCGUUUUGCCACGCGACAUCCGACCAUAUGCCAUCCUGAUCUGCCCUAUGGCCCCUAGCCAACAAUAUCCAUACUGAGGAUUGAAACGGAAAAUGCCAUCCUUAGUCAAAUUCCUCGGAA